GUCAAACACAUCCAAAAAGAAUUUCAAAAUCAAAGCUUGCAUUUGUAUCUCUGCAAUGGCUCAUUUGACAAUUCUUUGCAUCAUUCUCCUCCUUCCCAUAAUCUGUGAAGGUACAUGCUCUUUCAGAGACCUUUCAAUUACCCAAAAUCUAACUGGAGUUAAAGUACGGGGAAAGCCAGAAUGGACAGUGAAAAUCACCAAUAAUUGUGCAUGUGUUCAAUUGAACGUGAUCUUGAAUUGCCAGGGAUUUCGAACGGUUGAGAAAAUAGACCCAUCAGUUUUGAGAAUCUCCCCUGCUCGCUGUCUUGUUAACAAUGGUCAAUCUGUCUAUGGAGAUGCUGUUCAAUUUAAUUAUGCUUCGGACAAACAAUUUGAAUUCACUCCUCUUUCCUCUCAGAUUGCAUGUUCUUGAAUGAACAAACCUCUUCUCAUGUACUUUUUGUUUUUCAUAUGUAGUUUGUUUUUUCUUUUAUGCACUUUUGAGUCAAACCUUGAUAUAUAAUGUAGUUUGUCUUACAAAUUAUAAUCCAUUAAUAAUGCAUUCGCUUUUCA